AAUUUUCAAAAUUAUAUUCUUUCUUUUUUUUUAAUUAAAGGAUUUCAUUUGAUUGAUAACAGAUUCCUCCCAGGCAAAGCAAACAAAAAAGUGCAGUGCAGACCAGAAUUGCGGGAAGGGGAAAAAGAAACCUGAAAUUUUUUUGUUCUUUUCCAGCAAACAAAGAAAAAGAAGAAAAAUUAAUGGAUGAUGAAGUUGUCCAAAGAGUAUUCCAAGAAGGAGGAAGGGAUUAUUUCCAGCAACAACCUUCGACUUCUACUUCGUCUUCUUCUUCUAUUCUCCAGUCUCUACCUCUCCAUGUGUCAUUUGAUCAUGGCUAUUAUUAUUUGCUUGUCAAAUCCAUACAAGAACUCAGAGAGAAAAAGGAGGGUCUUGUCACGGUUGGCAUUGGUAGUCCCAGUGGAUCAGGCAAAACUAGCUUAGCAUAGAAGGUAGCACCUGUUAUUGGUUGCACUGUUAUACCAAUGGAGAACUACCGUGAUGGAGGUGAUGAAGGGAAUGAUUUGGAUUCAAUAGAUUUUGAUGCAUUGAUCCAAAAUCUUGAGGAUUUGACAGAUGGGAAAGAUACUAUGAUACUGGUGUUUGAUUUCCAACAAAAGAAACGUGUUGGCUCCAAACCUAUAAAGAGUGCUAUGUAUGGGGUGGUAAUAGUUGAUGGUACUUAUGCUCUGCAUGCGAAAUUGCGCUCUCUGCUUGAUAUUCGGGUCGCAGUGGUUGGUGGUGUUCAUUUUAGUCUUCUUUCCAAAGUUCGAUAUGAUAUAGGAGAUUCUUGCUCACUGGAUUACCUUAUUGAUAGCAUUUUUCCUUUGUUUAGAAAGCACAUUGAGCCAGACCUUCAUCAUGCACAGAUUAGAAUUAACAACAGCUUUGUAUCAUCAUUUAGAGAAGCAAUCUACAAGCCGAAAUGCAGAAGUGAGACACCUGACGGACAUUCUUCCUUUUUCCUUAAAGAUGAAGCACAAACCGAUAAUUUCAUUGAGAUGUACCUUAGACCCCCAUCAGCUAGCGAAGAAGCACGGAUAAAUGAUUGGAUUAAGGUGCGGCAAUCUGGUAUUCGAUAUUAUCUGUCACUUGGGGAUCAGAGAAUUGUGGACAAAAAUUUCAUCAUCAGACCAAAAGCUGAAUUUGAGGUUGGAGGUGUUCAUUCACACCUGAUUUCUCGAGUUCAAAGAGACAAAAGCAGGGUGGGGUGUUUUAUGUCCCAAAAUGAGAUCAUGAUGACAGUGUUCCCAAUAUUCCAGCAGCACAUUGAACCGAAUCUUGUUCAUGCACAUCUAAAAAUCAGAAAUGACUUUGAUCCUGUUCUUUCUCCUGAGAGUUCACUAUUCGUUUUGAAGAGUAAUAAACAAGUGGCCUAUCAAGAUAUUUUGAAUAUCCUCGACUCUGCGAAGCUCUGUCAGAAUUUCAUUGAUAUAUAUUUAAGGCUUCCUGGAACUCCUACAAAUGGGCACUUAGCAGAGAGUGACUGUGUACGUGUCAGAAUAUGUGAGGGAAGAUUUGCAUUACUAAUACGAGAUCCAAUUAGGGAAGGGAAUUUCAUCAUUCAACCCAAAGUGGAUUUUGACAUUAGCAUCAGUACAGUGUCUGGCCUUCUUAACCUUGGGUAUCAAGCUGUAGCCUACAUUGAAGCAUCUGCACUGAUUUACCAAGAUGGCAAGAUUCUUAUUGAGGUUGAUCAUCUACAAGAUGCCCCUAGCCCUUACGUACAGAUCAAAGGGAUCAAUAAAGAGGCUGUUGCAGCUGCUGGUUCAGCAUUGAAACUCGACGGCUCGUACUCGACAAAGAGUUAUCUCCAAAUAAUUUUGGAAGGAUUACCAUUGGUCGAAAGAAAUUACAGUGGAAUUCACGCUCAUCAAGCUGCAAGGUUGCUGGAACUUGUUGAGUCUAUACAAUCCCAGUGGACCAAACAGGGUGGCGGCAAACCAUCAGAAUCAUCACAUGGUAGGGAGGCUUCUCCGAUGGAUAGCAUAAUACGGUGCUUUGGACGUUUUUGAUGUCUGCUCUUGUUGGUUAUUCGCUUUACCAAAGACGGUGACAAUAACAAGAUUUCCUAUAGAUUAUCUACACACUGACCCCCAAAAAAAUCCUCACAAAUUGUCAAAAUGGCUGCUUAUUACAGGCUUAAACAGAUUACAAUUCAAAUGGUAUUAUUGCUUUAGUUCCUCCAUUUUCAUUCUGUAAAUACCAAAUUAUAAACUUAUGGGUCAAAAGUGGAAACAAUCUUAUCUUGAGCAAUGUAAGUGGCACUUUUUCAUGAAAU